UCUCUCUCUCAGGACAAACCAUUUGUGUUCUGCCUGCAGGGAUCUGAUGCUGAGCACUGGCUGCUUUAAGAGUGAGAUCUUUGGACUCAAUUGCUCAUAACAGAUGUGUCCAAACUGAGUGACGUGUGUUCAGUGAUCCAGAGAGAGGAGAUGACAGCUGAGCGGGUUGACAUGGCCGUCCCAGACAAUCUGCUGUUCUUGGACACAGAUGCUGUCAACUCUUCCUUCGCUUCACCACCCAUAGAGCAAAAUGAGCUUGCCCGUGCCACAGACAACCAGACAGAUGACAGAUGCAGUUCAGUCCCUGAUCAACACCCUAAUCCAGCCUCAGGAAGCUCAGGAUUAAUGCCAGUUCCGCAGCAGGACGGGACUUCUGAGAUCCAUAGUACAAACAUUAAAAGGGAAAAUGAGAGUGGUUUAGUCUUAAGGCGGUCCCUGGAUCCCACUGCAAUGAUAGAAAUUCAAAUAAAUCAUCCAAAUGAUGAUAAAAGUGACAAUUGUGACUUCAGUACUGCUGCUGUAAAGGAGACUGACAAUAUCUCAAACAGUAUUAACAUCCCUAAACUAAUUCACCUAAUGGACAAUAAUCAAAAUGACAAACAUAGGGACUCAAACAGUAAAGCUGAUCCAAAUGAGGCUCAUGAUAAUUUGUUGAGUCCAGAAGUUCUAUUAUUAACAGAAGACAACAGGCAAGAAGAAAAGAGCCAAGACACCAUUUUAAACCGUUAUGUCUCCUCUGAGAGCACUGGACUUGAGGUUAGCCAAAUGGCUAAUGAUAAUAACCCCUUGGUAAACACUGUCUCUGAUGUAAUGAAUAGUGAGCAAAGCUCAUGCUUGAUUGCAAGCAAUGAGACUGAUGCAGCUUCCUCUCAAUCCCUCAUCCAGACUUGCCAGGAUUCAUCUGAAGGUGUUGAUGCAGCAGUGGAAGUGGCGACUGCAUAUAAAACUCAUCCAGAAAUGCAUGACAUUGCAGAUGACUUGACAUUUUGUGGCUUCACAACCUCUCAUAUACCAAAGACAGACGAUCCGAAAACUGGAAUUCAUCUAUCUUUGGCUGAUUUGCAUGAAGCAGACACUGUAAACAUCUUAACACAUGCCUCAACAUUAUUAGACACUUUGGGGUUGAACAACAAUGUGUUGGAAACAGCUGACAUGCCAGGCAAUGACAGUGGGAUCAUUCAGACUGUAAAUCAAGACUUAGCUUCCUUAAAUGUUGAGUUUUGCACUGGCGUUUUAACCCAAAUGGUUCAGAAUCUUCUACGGGAUUCAAAAUAUGAUGUAACGGAAUCAGAAUCCAACAGAACGGAUGAUUCCAUACUUGACAGAAUGACUGAUACAAAAUUCCCUUUGGACAUCAAUUGGGUGGCAACUUGUAGCAAUGAUCCAAGUGAGACAAUAGAGUCACUUUUCCCUCAAUCCAUGCACGAAACCGUACAGAUUGGUGAAAAACAUGAGAAGGAUCUCUCACAAGUGAUCCCUUGCCCAACAACUGUCACGAAUAGAGAUUUAGAUAACUGUUCUGAGGAGAUCGACGGUGCUUGCUUAAAGUUCACAAGAACAGAACGUGAUGUUGAGGCUGGUAGCGAGUUGUGGCUGGAUGCACGCCAGAUCUUGGCAGGUGAAGAGGAUGAGAGUGCUAUUUUCGACAAGUGGGGUCGUUCGUGUUCUCCCAGCCCCCCCAUGGCCCAUCCAGACAACACAAAAGCCUCUGAUUACUCCAGGAGGGAGAACAUUUCAGUUGACUGCCACACUGAAGACUGGGAGCUGAGGUUUCCACCUGUUGAGAGGCGGUCAUCCUCAGACAGCUGGGCUAGUGCACUUUCAGACUGGUUCCAGGCAGUUAACACCUAUUCAGAAGACUCUUUCACCAGCGCUAACACUUCAAGCACUGGUUUUAAGCUCAGUAUGGCAAUCCAGGAUGACUUUUUGGAGCAAAGGACAAGUCCUGAUAAUGCAAACAAUACUGGACUGACGUGUCUGUCCCUGAAUCUCUUAGAAUCAGAAGAACCAGGUCAAGCCUUGAGUAGAGGACUAGUUGAGUCUGAUAACACUAAUGGAACUCUUUUUAAACAAGGAGAUAGAGAUGGACUUCCUUCUCAUUCAGACUCAGACAGACAGGACAAUACAACAAUGGAGAACAACAUGAGUUUAUUAGAGAGGUCUGAAUGCCAUAAAACAGAUAAGAAUGCAGUCUUGGAUACGCUUAAUGCAUCAAAGUGUCCUGCAAAUGAGGUCAGUGCCAAACAUUAUGGAAGUCAGCACACCCCUGGAGAGUUUUGGAGUGCAAAGUCAGAAGGAAAUGUGCUGGUUGAGGUGACUGGAGACAAAGAUUCCCAACUUGGGUUGGUCUUCGAGGAGGAACGUGAAAACAGUUUUACUUCUCAAAGGAUCUCGGCUUACAUUAGUGACAAGAAUUUAACUGACAGUGUGAGUGGCGAGGAGCGGCAUCACAGUUCCGAUGUUGCUCUCCACACAUGUCCCUCUCAAUCGAACAGUCACGUGUCUUCUGAGGUGGGACUUGCUGAAGGAAAUGAAUCGCUUGGGCAUUUUAACACCAAGGACUGUACCGUGAAGCCAAGAGAAGAGGAAAGAAAUACAUUUCCACAGUUUAUUAUGCCAUUUGCUCCACUCGGUACUGGAAAUACUUUUCUUCAUCAUAGUCUAUUGAAAAGUCCACAGGCUGAUCUAGACCUUCCACCUAAAGGGAUUAUUAAUGAGAUACACCUUAAGAGUGAUCAAAAACCAAUCAGUAGUGAAGAUUCUUCUGAAGAUCGCUUUCAUACUUGGCCUGACCAAUCUUUAUCUUCAUCCUGUGGAGAUUCAGAUGAUCCUUCCAUCAAGGAUACAAGGAGAAAAGCAGGGUACACUGAUACCUGUGACAUCAACAAAGAAAUUUCUAAGUUAAUUUUACUCACUGGACAACGUUUUAUGGUAUCUGUGGACAAAAUUGUUGCAUAUGUAACUCUAGACUUGGAAGAACCCAAUUUAAGUCAGUUUUCUUUGUUAAACUGUGAGGAACGACUGAAAACAGACAACAUGCCUCACAAGACUUCCAAAACUUCUUUAGAUUGUAAAACACACUCGAAACAUAAGGAGAAGCCAGCAGAGAAGCAGCAACACAGGAUUCAAACAUCAAAAAAACAAGAUCUUCAGCCCCCAUCCCAGGCGAAAGAUGAAUUCAAGUCAGAAGGAGGGGGCUGUGAAGAUCGUCCAGUUACUGUCGUUGAGACCAUCGUUAUCACAGAGAAGAUCAUUCCUAAAACCCAAGGGAAGAAGAAAAAGAAGUAUGCGCAGCAUGGGACGCCAAAGCCAGAGAAUGAUCAACUGACUGACUUAGGGAGCAGAAACACACAGAAGAGUGUGACUGGCAAGACCGAGAACCUUGAUGUGAAGGUGACGUCAAAUGGUCUGGAUAAACCAGCAGCUCAUCCUCCCAAUUUGGAGAUUACGAACAAACAAAGCAUUCAGAAAGUUAUGUCAGUGAGACCCAAAGUACACCACAGUGGGAGUUUUGCAGCCAAGAUGGACCCUGACGGCGUAAAUGCCACCCAGAAAGCCACUCCUAUAAAACUCAGAGUAGAUGCCAUUAACACAGCCAUGAUGGAAAAUAAGACGUGCACCUCAGAUUCUCUGAGCACGUGUUUAUCCAGCAUGCUGAAUGAUGACAUCAAGCGCAGGCGAAUCACAGACAACUUGUCUGGGGCAGUUCCAAUAAGGACGAGGCCACAGCUGCCCGCAAUUUUCCGCCAGGCAAGAAAAGAUGGAGAAGAUACGACCCGGAGAGCUUACAGUGAGGUUGUCAAGCAGAAGACUUCAACACCCAAAGAAGUUGUGGUUCCUCGUGUAGUCUCAGAGAUCCAGGCUGACCCAGUCCCUGAUGACCCCCAGAACAUCUUGCUUUGGUGCCAGUUCAGGCCUGUCCCACCUGAUGCCACCAUUAAGUGGACUAAAGAAGGAACAGUUCUGUCAGAGAUAAACAAAGUAGAGAAGGAUGACAGCCGCUUCACUUUGACAACCAAAAAGGCUUAUAAAAAAUAUAUAGCUCUACAAAAACACACCAAAAAACGCCAACAAACACUUCUUCUUACACCACAGAACAACAUCACACCUCAGAGUAAAAUAUAA